UAAUACCCAAUUUGUACCUGUGCCUUUUGACUUUUUGUGUUUUUCAGUAGUGUCCGCUAGUUUGUAUUAAUUAUGUGUCUGUUAAAGACAAUUAUUUUAUUAUUGAAAUUGACCAUUAUAUAUAUUUAAAUAUCAUAAUUUGUUCUUGGCAUCUAAAUAAUUGUGGGAGUGGCGUUCUCUAGCUUGAUCAGAAAGUUCCAUUAUGGCGAAACUUCUGCAUGUUGAUGUCAUUAUGGAUGAUGUUGAGAACAAUCCGCAGUGCCCACAUGGCCCCACUCUGCGGUUCAGGCGCGUCACGGACCGGGGGACCCGGGACUACUUCGCCUGCUCGGCGUGCCGCGACAGGAAGGACUGCAGGUUCCACCGCUGGUGCGACGACGACGGGGGGGCGGCGGCCCGGGCUCCGGGGGGAGGCGGAGUCCCGCCGGGUCCCGACCGCGGCGAGCUGCUGGCGCGGCUGGCCCGGGCCCGGGGGCUGGCCGAGCGCGAGCGUGCCUACUGCCAGCCCUGCGCGCUGCUGCUGCUGCCCGGGGAGCGGGACGCCCACGAGGCCCACGACGUGAUGGAGGGCGUCUCCGCGCGUCAGCUGGCGCAUCCUUCCGAGCUGAUGAAGCCGCUGCAGAACUCCAAGAAGGAGGCGCAGUUCUUGUUCUCGAAGCAGUCGACGGACGCCAUCUUGGGCAUGUUGCUGGGGGCCGGCGUGAGGCACGUGCUCUGCGUGGGCACGCCCCGCGUCCACGAGGAGAUACAGUCCGCGCACGGCAGUCGGCUGAGCAGUCUUCUCCUGGACAUUGACAGCAGAUACCACCAGUUCUUCGGGGAGCGGCAGUUCAUCCGGUUCAACUGCUUCAACAACCACCUGUUCUCGGGCGACGUGGGGCGCGAGGUGCUGCGAGGGUUCCUGGGGCAGGACGGCGGGGAGGGGGUCGCCCUGGUGCUGGACCCGCCCUUCGGGGGCCGGGUGGAGCCCCUGGCCCACACCGUCCGCCAGAUGUCGGCCCUGCACCGGGAGCUGAGCCCCGCCCGGGCGUCACCCCUGCCAGUUUUUUGGAUUUUCCCAUAUUUUAUGGAACCUCAAAUUUUGGCCACCUUUCCCGAUUAUCAUAUGUCAGACUACAAAGUAAAUUACGAGAAUCAUCCAUUGUUUAGUAAAGGGCCCAAAGGCAGAAAGCUCGGCUCUCCGAUCAGGAUAUUCACCAACAUGAGCCCGCGGGAGCUGACCUUGCCGUCGGGGGAAGGGUACAGGCACUGCGAUGCUUGCGAGCGCUGGGUCAGCUCGGAGAACAAGCACUGUGCCGAGUGCGGUCGCUGCACUUCCAAGAACGGCCAGACGUACGUGCACUGCUCGCUGUGCCGGCGCUGUGUGAAGCCGUCGUGGCGACACUGCGCCAGGUGCAAGCGCUGCUCGCUGACCACUCACAAGUGUGAACAGUUCGCUACUCGUGGACGGUGUUCUACAUGCAAGAUGGAGGACCACACAGCCAAAAACUGCCCCCUGAAAGAUGUGAAAUUUGAAGUGCAUCAAGUUAAUAGAAGAGGCAAGAGACAUAAUGAAAUGCAUGAUGAACCUCCAGUCAAGAAAAGUAAAUUCACCCAACAGAAUGAAGGGGAUUUUUCAAGGAAGAAAUCUAAUAAUGAAACUAAGAUUGUUUCAGCUCCAAAGAAUCCAAAAAGAAAGAAAAAACAGACGAAAAGAUAUCGGAAAAACUUGACUACCGCAAAAUAGAAAACAUAGUUCUUAAUGAAAAAAAAUUAAAGUUUAAGAACAAUCUGAAAAGUGAGUAAAACAAAAAACCAUUGAUGAGAAUUUUUUUUUAUAUUAUGUAAACCCAUACCAGUGAACAAAAAAAAAGAUGUAUAUCUUCAGACUUUCUUCUCCAUAGUUUGACAAGCUUGUAUCCACUUCUUAUGUUUCCUCAGGAACAAUGGUUGCUUGGAAUCGGUGGCCUUGGCGAACAACAGAGACCACGAGAAUUCCCUCCUCCUCUAGAGCCUUGUAGAUAUCACGGGCAUCCUUCACGGGUUUCUCAUUCAGAUGUGUUAUUAUAUCUCCCGGUAGAAUUCCAGCUCUGGGGAAUACACACAGAUACACUAUGUAAAAAUUAUUUCUACUACGUAAGUAUAAUUUUUUAAUGAGCCAAUAAACUAAGAGGUUUGUAUUCAUUGCUACAGUAAAGCAAAACAAAAGGUAAAGUGGAAAGGUUCAAUCAAAAACUCCAUAGAAAAAUGAUUAAAAAUCACCUUUCUUGAUCAACAGCGUAAAUGUUUAAUUUAUAUCACAUUCUAGAAGGGGGGGGGGAAAAAAGUGUGGUAAAACUACAGUUUAUAUUGCAUAAUCAUCACAUAUUAUGCUAAAAUCAGUCUGAAAAGCAGGGGUGUAACUUUUAUGCUAGAACAUUUUUGUUAUUUUUCUUAAAAACAAAACAUGUUGCAUGGGAAGUACAUUUAAUUAAAAGCAGAGUAUAAAAAAGCACACCAAACAAUUUAAAUUAAUUAGUCAUGCAAUAAAAAAAAUAUUUCAUUCACUUAAAUGAAAAAAGAAAACUGUGACCUGAAUUUGAGCCGGAACUAACAGUGUACCCAUAAGUAUCAUCAUAGUACACAACUAACCAUGAAAGAGUGCGGGAUAUCAAAUGUAGUUUAUUCAGCACGAGACAGCAUGUGCGUUGCACGCAGUCCGUGAGCUAUACAUAUUCCUAUUGAUAUCAAACUAUGUGCGCGUUCUCUAUACGAGCAUCAAUGUAACCAAACAUAAAUGAUGCUGACUAGCGUUGGCUACAUUUUUAUACCAGCGGCGAUGAACAGUUAAAGGUUGUAAUGUUUGAAAACGUCUUUAAAAGAAAAUUUACAUGUUUGACAACUUCAUAUUUCUGUUAAUGAAACAAGUAAGCUGUAAUAUCCUAAUGAAUAUUGAAUUUCAACUUUAACUUGGAAAGCUCAUGUUUACUACCUACACAAGGUGCUUAAAAUCUAAUAUCGGGACCAAACAUCAUGUAACUUUUAUGUGUGAAUAUUUUUUUCAAAAUUUUGACGCCCUAAAAUAACAGUGCGAAAAUUGUGUGAUAAAACACGGUAAUCUGCGACAGGCAAACAGUAGGGUACAUGUCUGUGCAGUAAGUUGGCUCAGGAUACAAAUGGUUCUAUUCUGGUGUAGAAAAAAAGUGCAACAGAAGUUCAGUUGCAAAGUGAAAGAAAUAAUAUUCAAUAAA